AUUAAUUACCUAUUGUUUUAUCAUUACGCUAUUUGUACUGACAGUGGUCAGGCAGGUGUACCUGUGAUAUCCUGCAAUGACAUUAAGUAUUUUACAUUAUUAGCUCAAAUUACCACGAACAAUAAAAGCUGGACUCUCCCCUCCCAACUGCUCAUGUGCUGUUGGCUGUUAACAUGACAGCCUUCCCUCUCAAGCCCAACAGAUUCAUUCCCUUUUCCCAAUUAGGACAGUUCCUUGACUGGUGUGAGGUCAGCGUGUUCCAGGCCCUAUUUUCCCCAGCAUACCUCUUCUCCCGAAUUUUACCCUGACAAAAACAACAUACUCUGUCCCGAAUCCUAGGACAAAGACAACCCCAAAUGUAACAUUAUCUUCUUGCGUAAGGCCUAAGACAAAGCAUUAACCCCAUAAUUCCCCCAACCGCAGUACCAUUCUUCCACAAAUGACUAGGACGUGUGAUUGUUAAAAAAAGAACAGUAAUGAGGUUUGCUAAAUUUACUAUGCAGGCGCCGAUGGAAAGAAUGCGGAAUGAACGUAUCGCCCGUCAUCGUGUAAAAUCUGAUUUAGUGCACGCGAUGAAGCGUGCGUGAAAGUAUUCAAUGUAUAAUGAGUAUUGUCUUGUUUUCGACAAUUUCAUUUGGUUGAAUAUUUUCCUGUGAGCUGCAAGAAAGCAGCAAACUGUAUUUGAUAAGGCUGCCCAUCCCCCAGCACAGGCUCCGCUCCGUACGCUCAGGCAGAGAGGGAGAGAGAAAUGGAGAGAAAUAAGGGUGGUGAUAGAGGGGGGCGGGGGGGCUGCGAGGAGCGAUCCGCAGCACCAGCGGCAGGGAAACACACCCGUCAGCCGCCGCCGAGCAGAAAAAAAGAGAAGCAGGGACAAAGGAAAAUGGAGGCAUCGCUGAAGUACCAGUUUAAAGACAGACGGAGUGGGUGUGUUGGUCGUUUUGCAUGUAGCUGGACAUCGAGUUUUUUUUAAGGAGGCUGCACGAAGCAACAUCCUGGAAGAGAAAAAGACGGAUAGCUGAUUUCAAUCCGUGUGCGGAAUCUAUGCGCUUGCAAUGGCCGUGGAAAGGGGGUGUAUGAACAUUAAGAGGAACGUGCCUAUAUCCAUUUUCGUUUUUGUCUUUUUUCUUUUCGGCGGAUUUGCAUUUGGACAAAUUAGGUACUCGGUUCCGGAGGAAUCAGAAGAAGGAACAGUAGUUGGAGAUAUCGUGCUUGAUUUGGGGCUAGAUCUGAAAAAGCUGUCGACUCGAAAUUUAAAGGUAACCUCUAUCGACGGAAAGCGAUACGUGGGUAUCAAUCCUAAAAAUGGAAAACUGUGUGUGACUGACAGGAUAGAUCGAGAGACGCUAUGCGACUUAAAUAAACCCUGCCUAUUAAAUCUGGAGGUUGUAGUGGAGAAUCCGUCGGAAGUGCAUAAUGUGGAGGUGGAGGUUUUGGACGUGAAUGAUAACGCGCCGCAGUUCUCCACGGGCGAGAUCCAGCUGGACAUUUCCGAAGCUGCUCUCCCGGGCUCUCGCUUUCCUAUGGAGAGCGCGCAAGAUCUUGACAUAGCGUCUAAUUCAAUUCGGCUGUACCGCCUCAGUCCAAACGAGCAUUUCGCGUUGGACACUAACAGACCAUUGGUGAACAAUAAGCAAAUUGAGCUCGUGCUUAAAAAGGCAUUGGACCGCGAGCAGACCGCCUCCCAUCAGUUUAUCCUGACAGCUGUGGAUGGAGGCACGCCAGCGAAAACCGGCACGGCUACAAUUAACGUGCGCGUCCUGGAUGCAAAUGACAACACUCCUGUGUUUGACAGCUCGGUGUAUAAAGUGAAACUGCUGGAAAACUCACCCAAGGACACGCUGGUCAUAAAGCUAAAUGCCACUGACCUGGAUGAGGGCUCAAAUGGGGAGGUGUAUUAUUCCUUCAGCAGCUACACGCCAGAGAGGGUCCGACAGAUGUUCAGCAUGGAUGCCAACUCUGGGGAAAUCAGAUUGCGGAGCCCUGUCGACUACGAGGACACCAGUUCCUACGAAAUGUAUGUGCAGGCUAUGGACCGGGGUCCAGCAGCCGUGGCCGUACACUGUAAAGUGGUGGUGGAAGUAGUGGACGUAAACGACAACGUGCCCGAAAUCGUGCUGUCCUCACUGUCCAGCCCCGUCCGGGAGGACGCGCGGGCCGACACAGUGGUGGCACUCAUCAGCGUAACGGACCGAGACUCGGGUCCCAACAAACAGGUCAGCCUAGAAAUCGACCCAGAGCUUCCAUUCAAGAUUAAGUCCUUCCGGAACUACUACACCCUCGUGACAGCCGCCUUCCUGGACCGAGAGACAACUGCCGCCUACAAUGUGACGCUGCGUGCCACCGACGGGGGCACCCCCCCGCUUUCGUCCCAGAUGACCAUCGAGGUGGACGUUGCAGACGUGAACGACAACCCGCCUCGCUUUGAGCAGACGUCCUACACUGUGUACGUGGUGGAGAACAACGCACCCGGGGCCUCGCUCUGCAGUGUUCGGGCGCAGGACGCCGAUAUAAACGAGAACGCCCGCAUCACCUACACUGUGCUCAACGACAACAACCACGGCAUCCCUGUCACGUCGUACGUGUCCGUCCAGCCCGACACGGGCGAGGCCUACGCCCUGCGUUCCUUCGACUACGAGACACUGCGGGAGUUCCACUUCCAGGUAAAGGCCCAAGAUGGCGGCGUGCCCCCUCUCAGCCGCGUCGCUACCGUCUACCUGUAUGUGACGGACCAAAAUGACCACACCCCGGAGAUCCUGAGCCUUCCGGCCAACGGCUCGCGCUUCACCGAGACGGUGCUGAAGAACGCCGAGGCCGGCCACCUGGUCACCAAGGUGGCCGCAUACGACGCAGACGCAGGCCGCAAUGCUUGGCUGCUCUACUCGCUGGAGCAGGCCAGCGAGCCCGAUCUGUUCAAGGUGCAUGAGCACACGGGUGAGGUGCGCACCACACGCAAAGUGGUAGAAGACAACUCCACCUUCUUCAGUAUCUUGGUGGUGGUGCGUGACCAGGGCGAGCCGUCGCUGUCCGCCACCGUCACCGUCAAUGUGGCGGUCAUGGAGGCCCCGCCCAAGCUGAUCCCCGAUCCCAAGCGGAUUAUCCGACCACAUGGGGCGCUGCUCUUCUCCAACGUGACUCUCUACCUGAUCGUCGCCCUCAGUGCCACCACCUUCGUGUUCCUCCUGACUGUGGUGGUUCUUGCCAUAGUGCGUUGCCACGCCUACUGCACCCAGCCAGGCUCUUGCUCCCCCUGCUGUGUCACACAGAAGGCUCCUGCAGAGGGCAUCUUGGGCCCCGGUGGCCAGCAGCCCGGCAACAAUGUAGUGCUUCGGCGUGACCUGAAGGUGGAGCCCCACUACAUUGAAGUCCGAGGAAAUGGCUCGUUGACCAAAACCUACUGCUACAAGACGUGUCUGACUGCCACAUCUGGCAGCGACACCUUCAUGUUCUAUAACACCGGCCUCCCACCAGGAGGCACUAUGGGCUCCGAACGCUUCUUCACGGGCCAGAGUGGUCAGAUGUUUGUCCGGAGACUCAGCAUGCCGGACGCUGCACUGCAGCCUAAAGCCCCCAAUGCUGACUGGCGCUACUCCGCUUCCUUGAGGGCAGGAAUGCAGAGCUCGGUCCAUAUGGAAGAGUCCUCGGUGAUGCAGGGUGCGCAGGGGGUUCUGGUCCAGAAUUGGCCAACCGUGUCCAGUGCUGCUGGAGAUGGCGAGGGCGGCGAGCAUUCCCCCCCAGUGGGCGCUGGCAUCAACAGUAACAGCUGGCAGUUCCGUUACGGCCCGGGUCCCGGGUACGGGCCCCCGCAGCAUCUGAAGCCGGGCGAGGUCCCCGAGGCCUUCCUCAUUCCCGGCUCGCCUGCCAUCAUAUCCAUCCGGCAGGACCAGGCCGGCAUCGACGACAAGGGCGACUUCAUCACCUUCGGCAAGAAGGAGGAGACCAAGAAGAAGAAGAAGAAGAAGAAGGGGAAAGACAAAAAGGAGAAGGGCAGAGAUGAUGGAGACGAGUAGAGUAGGCGUGCAUAGCAACAGCCAAACAGAAGCUACGAAAAGAUAUCCUCCAUGAUGUCAACCAUGUAAUCCCUGCCCACCCAUACAUGUGUCCAUUAGAAUACUAACUCAGUUCCUUGACCUGCUGGUCUUCUCGAAAUGCAUAUUGUCUCAUAGCGUUUUGUCAUUGGCUGCAGAGAGCCCGGCUGGCCUCCGCAUUGCAGACGCCUAGUUACAGAAAGUGCACCGAAAUCCCACCUUCCUGCUGUGCCGUUAUGCCACACCCCCCACGCCUCUGCGUGUCUUUGGGGGCCCCACCCACCUUGGCCUCAGUAUUUCUGCCCAGCACUCUGUUUUUAUAGAACAGCAUGAGUGAAUCAGACUAACAACAACAACAACAAAAAAAAACUAAACAAACAAUAAAGGGAAGUGGGUUUUUUUUUUAACUGGCCACACUACAAGGCCUAGUAAAAGAGAAACAUGUCUGCUUACAAAAUGAGUGACUGGCAGGACUUAAAGCCCAAAAUAGGACGCUUAUUUACAACUCUCUCAAGUCCUUUAAGGAGGCUAAUGCACUGGCACUCCCCCACCGUAGACAGGGCCGCACCUGGAUGGUGACUGCUCCCCCACCUGGAUUGUGACUGCUCCCCCUCCUGGAUGGUGACUGCUCCCCCACCUGGAUGGUGACUGCUCCCCCACCUGGAUGGUGACUGCUCCCCCUCCUGGAUGGACAUGUUCUCCUGGACUUUAAAUAGCAAACCAGUAGAAUAGUAGGAACGGCACUCACUCUUCUUUUUACUUCCAGCUUGAUCCUCCUAUUCAGAAUUUUUUGGAUUUAUACAUGAAAAAGUUAAAUAAUGAAAAUGUUGCCUGACGUUUCGGCAUGUUUGAGCUUAGAUCCCACACUUGUGCUGCCUUUCUUCAGGUGCUUGGGCCCUGGGUAUGGGCUGUCUGUGAGUGGCCUGGGGAGACAACCCAUGCCAGUCUGCAAUUCAGACAGCAUCUGCAAGUGGCUGGAGUCUGACCUUUUUGUCCAGAGACCAUAGGCUCCCAUAUCCUGACUCAGUAGCAAAGACUUCACUCAGCUGGCUGCAGUGCUGUGGCAGAGAGAUAGGGGGCGAUAGGGAGAGAUGGGGGAGGGAUUGAGGGAAUAGUUUAUAGCAGUGUUACCCAACCUGGUCCUCGGGGACCCACAGACGGUCCACGUUUUCACUCCACUCCAGCUCCAUACAAACCAACAUCUAAGACAAUUGUAAAAUUAAAAGCAUCUCUCCAGAUCUCCGAAUUGUCCCAUUAUUGCACACUUGUGUGUGUUGAUUGGGUACAUGUGCCAAGGCCGUAGGAGCAAAAACAUGGACUGGCUGCACGUCCCUGAGGACCAGGUUGGAAAACACUGGUGUAGAGGGAGAGAGAGUGAAACUACUUGAGUUCUAGUCUGUGGGGCAAAGAACCAUUUGAGUUAUAAUCCUGUAGAUAUUGCUGAAAUUGAGGGACAUAAGAGCUGUGUGUGUCAGUGUGGCAAAGAGCAGCGUAGAUUUGUGAGUUUUGGUGGAGUUUUUAUUUUUUUUUACAUGCAAACCGUCAUUAUUCUCUUCUUUGUUUCCACCCCUCCUCCCCCCACCCCCACGACACCAACCAAUCAGAAGCUACGGCAUUGUGUAUUCGCAGCCACCGAUUGGUCAGGAAAAGUCCCAGAGUAAUGUUUUUGCUGCUACUGGUCCAAGCCCUUCUUCUGUCUCCUGGUAUCUGAGAAACUCGGUUCCGUGCUGUCAGAUCACUAAGUGGCUGUUUGCAUGUUAUGAUUAAGUGAGAUACAAUAUAUAGAAAUAUAGAUAGAUAUAUAUAGAGAGAUUAUGUUUUUUUUUCCUUCCAUUAAACACCCAGAGAUGCAUAUAGUCUCUGGUAAAAUAUAUUUCACAGAAAUACACAGAGAAAUCGUCUGGGUUUUCUCCUCUUAACAUUAACGUAAACUAACCUUAUAGAUAUGUGUAAUGAUAUAGUGUAACGCUUUCAAAGCAACUUUUCUUUCAUAUAAUUUUCGUCAGUUACGUUUCUCCUUCGCAUUAAGCUUUUAAAUAAUUACGAUCUAACAUUGUACCAUGAGAGUGAACCCUGUAUGCGCUUGUGAACAGACCUUCCCUUCGAAGAAAAACCGAAAACAGAAACUCAAAAAAAGAGGAAAGACGUAAAAUGACAAAAAAAAAUCUUUAUGGCUCCUAUGCUUGUGUUCACCGUGUGCUCAUGCAUCCCUGCUGACCAAUGGGAGCGCGGCGCUCCCAGCCUAUUGACUGUGCCCGUGUGGUUCUGUGGCAGAACCUUUUUGUACAGCUGUUCAUCAGUGUGAAGGUGAAUUAGUGACUUUCUUUCUUUUUUUUUUAAAUUAUAUGAAUACCUGGUAAUGUGUUUUGUUUAUAAAUCACAAAUAAAAAAAAAAAAACCUUUCUUAAAAAUCUGAA